AUGAGGUCGAUCAUCAUCGCCUCUCUUGUGGCCUUGGCCCUCGCCUCCUCUCCAGCUUUCGAGCGCAAUUUCGAGCCAAAGACUGACUAUCACUACAAACUCGAUGGACUCAUUCUCUCCGGACUCCCAACGGAGUCCUCUGAAUCUGCCCAAUCCCGUAUUUCUGCCCGUGUCCGUAUUCAAUCUGCCGAUGACCGUACCAUUGCCCUCCAACUCAUUAAGAUCCGCAUGGCCGCUUCCCACCUCCCAGAGUCCGAGCAAAUGCCAGCUAUGAACUCCUUGGAGCAACGUGAGCUUUCUGACGAGUACAAGCAAAUGCUUGAGCUCCCAGUUCGUGCCCAACUCAGAAAUGGACUCAUCUCCGAGAUCCAAUUCGACAAGGAAGACGCUGAGUGGUCCAAGAACAUGAAGAGAGCCGUUCUCAACAUGAUCUCCUUCAACCCAGUUGCCCCAAGAAACGAGAUGGAGAGACUUGAGUCUUACGAUGACAAGGAAUCCUCUGAGGAAAACCGCUCUUUCUUCACCAACGAGAAGACCCUCGAGGGAGACUGCCAAGUCGCCUACACCGUCGUCCGUGAGCAGAAGAAGACCAUCAUCACCAAGUCCAUCAACUUCGACAAGUGCACUGAGCGUUCCGAGACCGCCUACGGACUCCGUUUCUCAUCUGAGUGCCCAGAAUGCGAGAAGGACACUGAAGUCAUCCGCCCACAAACCGUCUACACCUACGUUUUGGAGAACGAACAACUUCAAGAGUCCGAGGUCCGCUCCCUCUACACCGUCAACGUCAACGGACAAGAAGUCUUGAAGACCGAGACCCGCUCUAAGCUCGCCCUUGAGGAGAACCACUCCAUCAAGAACCACAUCAAGAAGGUAAACGGAGAGAAGGAAGACAUCAUCUACUCUUCCCGUUGGGAACAACUUGUUGAGGACUUCUACAAGAAUGGAGACAAGGCUGAGUUCUCCCCAUUCGAGAAGUUCCCACUUGACAAGAAGAUCCAAUUGAUCAAGACCAUCACCGAGCAAGUCCAAGAGGUCGAGAAUAACAUGCCAGAGACCGCUCACUUCCUCGCCCGUCUUGUCCGCAUCUUCCGCACCACCUCCACCUCCCAACUCAAGGAGAUCCACGAGACCCUCUACGUCAAGGCUGACAAGAAGAUCCAAUCCAUGAUUGAGCACGCACUUGCCAUCGCUGGAACCAGAAACACCAUCCAACACCUUCUUGUUCACAUCGAGAACGAGGACAUCACUCCACUCGAGGCUGUCAAGCUCCUCAAGUCCAUCCAAGAGACUCCAUUCGCCUCCCAAAGCAUUGCUGAGUCCCUUCUCAAGUUUGCCGAAUCCCGUGUUGCUAAGACCAACCAAAUGGUUCGCCAAUCCGUCUGGCUCGCCACCGGAUCCGUCGUCCGUGGAAUCGUUGACUUCAAGAACAUCCGCCCACUCGUCCGUGAGGAUAAGCGUGAGAUGAAGGAGAAGUUCUUCCGUGUCUUCAUGAAGCAAUUCCAAAACGCUGAGACCACAUACGAGAAGAUCUUGGCCCUCAAGACCAUCGGAAACGCUGGACUCGACAUCUCCGUCAACGAGCUCAACGAGAUCAUUGUUGACAAGCGCCAACCACUCCCAGUCCGCAAGGAAGCCAUCGAUGCCUUCAGACUCCUCAAGGACUCCAUGCCACGCAAGAUCCAAAAGGUUCUCCUCCCAAUCUACAAGAACCGUCAAUUUGAGCCAGAAAUUCGUAUGCUCGCUCUCUGGAGAAUGAUGCACACCCGCCCAGAGGAACCACUCCUCGUCCAAGUCGUCUCUCAAAUGGAGAAGGAGUCUAACCAACAAGUUGCUGCUCUUACCUACCAGAUGAUCCGUCAAUUCGCUCAAUCCACCAACCCAUGCAACCAACGUGUUGCCAACAAGUGCUCUAAGGUUCUCUCCUUCACCAGAUACCAACCACAAGAGCAGAUGAUUGCCUCUGCCUACGCUCAACUUCCACUCUUCGUUGAGAACUCCAACUCUGGAGCUCAAUUCGACUUCGCCGCUGUCUUCGAGAAGAGCUCUGUCUUGCCAAAGGACCUCCAUGCUUCCCUUGACGCCGUCUUCGGAGGAAACUGGAACAAGUACUUUGCCCAAAUCGGAUUUUCCCAACAAUACAUGGACCAAUACCUCUACAAGGCUCUCCAAAAGCUCGAGUCUCUUGAGAAGGAAUCCACCACCGUUGUCCGCGGACGCCGCAUUCAAACCGGAAUCAAGCUUCUCAAGGAGCUCGCCCAAAAGAUGAACAUCCGUGCUCGCCCAACCACCCGUGACGAGAAGGACGCCUUCGCCAUGGUCUACCUUCGCUACAAGGAUAUGGACUACACCAUCCUCCCAAUUGACUCCCAAAUCAUCGAUGACGCUAUUGAGCAAUUCAUCCGCAACGGAAAGAUCGAGUUCAGCGAGAUCCGCCGUAUGCUCAACAAGGACUACGAGUUCGAGGCUCACCACGCUUCUUACUUCUACGAGGUCAUCCGCAAGUUCCCAACCACUCUUGGACUUCCAAUGACCGUCUCCGGAAAGAUCCCAACUGUUGCUUCCGCCGAAGGACAAGUUUCCCUUGAGCUCGAAGGAACCGAACUCCGUUGGACCGUUGAGGCCCGCCCAUCUGUUGCUGCCACCCACGUCUACGAGAUGAGAAUGUUCACUCCACUCUUCGAGCAAGGAGUCAAGACCCUCCAAUCCGUCCGUGCCUACACUCCAAUCAAGAUUCAAGCCGUCGCUGGAUUGAAGAAGAACUUCGAGAUCGUCUACAAGGUUAUCGUCCCAGAGAACCAGAAGUCUAUCGUCUCCGUCUCCACCCGCCCAGUCGUCUUCCUCCGUCACCCAGGAUUCUCCAAGUACGAAUACAUCGAGGCUGAGGAGAGAACCGUCGUUGUCCCACAAUGGCAACAAAAGACCCAAGAAAUCGAGAAGGUUCACAACUUCCUCGGACUUGAGAUCUCCACCCGUGGAAACAUCCUCCGCCAACACACCGUCGAGAACUGGCUCCUCGCUGAGCAAGACUUCGAGGUCUCCGUUGAGAACAAGAACCGCCCAGCUGAAUUCGUUGCCCGUCUUACCGUCUCCCCACUCGAGAAGGCUGAACUCUCCCACAUCAAGGCCAACGAGAUGUUCGAGAAGGAAUUCGAGCUCGAGCAAGAGAAGUCCGAGAACCGUCGUGAGUACUUCUCCAAGAUGGUCAAAAACAUCCAAAAGGAGCAAGGAUACAAGCACACUAUCACCCUCAAGCUUGAAGCUCCACGUGACUACAACAUGAACUCCGAGCUCACCACCGUCUGCGACAAGCAAGUCCGUAUGUGCCAAUGGAACAUGGAUGUUAGCCGCUCUCCAAUCUUCGAGGAGACCAAGGAAUGGACUCUCCGCUCCCAACUUCUCGCCAUCCGCCCAGAGAUGCCAUCUUCCCUCCGUCAACUCCGUGAACAACCACACCGUGAAGUUCAACUUUCCCUCACCUCUACCUGGGGAUCCCAAAAGAAGAACGAGAUCACCAUCAACGCUCAACUCCAACAAUCCAAGGAACAAAAGAAGUACGAGCGCAACAUGGAGCGUCAAUCCAACGGACUCCCAGAGUACGAGCUCUUGAUCAAGGCCGCCCGUCUUAACCAAGUCAACGUUGUUGCUGAGUACAAACUCACCAAGGAAAACGAGCAAGUCGCUGCCCGUUAUUUCGACCUUGUCAAGGCCUACAACUACUGGACCGUCUCCAGCCGCCCAGAGGACAACGAGGAAAACCGCGUCGUCCUUCAAGUCACCGUCGAGCCACUUUCCCGUCAAUACGUUAACGUCACCGUCCAAACCCCAGAACAACGUGUUGAGCUCAAGAACUCCCAAAUCCCACGUGUCCAUCUUCCAUCCAUCGCUCAACGUUCCGGCAAGUACCAACUCACCGAGGCUUCCGGAUCCGAGUGCAAGGUUCAAAAGAACCAAAUCCGUACUUUCGAUGAUGUCCUUUACAAGACCCCACUCACCACCUGCUACUCCCUCAUCGCCAAGGACUGCUCAGAGGAGCCAACUUUCGCCGUUCUCUCCAAGAAGGUCGAGAAGAACUCCGAUGAGAUGAUUGUCAAGGUUGUCCGUGGAGAACAAGAGAUUGUUGCCCAACUCCAAAACGAAGAGAUCCGCGUCAAGGUUGACGGAAAGAAGAUCCAAUCUGAGGACUACUCUGAGUACCAAAUCGAGCAACUUGGAGAAUCCGCCAUCGUCAUUGAGCUCCCAGAAGGAGAGGUUCGCUUUGACGGAUACACCAUCAAGACCCAACUCCCAUCCUACAGCCGUCAAGACCAACUUUGCGGACUUUGCGGAAAUAACGAUGAUGAGUCUACCAACGAGUUCAUGACCGCCGACAACACCGAAACCGAAGACAUGGAGGAGUUCCACCGCUCUUACCUUCUCAAGAACGAGGAGUGCGAGACCGAGGAGGAGCGUCUCACCGAGAAGAAGAACUACAGAAAGUACGAGAGAGACGAGGAGGAAUCCGAUGAGUCCGAUGAGUCUUACGAGAACGAGCCAGAAUACACCAAGAAGAGCCAAAAGUCCGAGAAGAAGAACCAGAUCGUCGAGAAGACCCAAAUCAAGGAAUUCUCCCACCGCAUCUGUUUUUCCAUUGAGCCAGUUGCCGAGUGCCGUCGUGGAUACGAGGCCGAGCAACAACAACAAAGAAAGAUCCGCUUCACCUGCUUGCCACGUCACAACAGAGAUGCCAGCCGUCUCAUGAAGGAGUCUCGUCAGCAACCACUUGAGCUCAACGACUACCCAGUCACCUUCGUCGAGGCCGUCAAGGUCCCAACCGCCUGCGUCGCUUAUUGA